AUGAAUGAAACGAUCCCCUUACAGUAUGGCUCCGCGAUCUUCCCACGGCCAGCACUCAGUGUAUUAGAGCUCGAGAGGGACAGCACUGUUACGCUCAAGACUCAGUCUUACAGAGGUGCGACUGAAAAAGUCUCACAGCAAUACAAUGAAUCUCCUGUCACCAACAAAGAAGUUCUGAAAAUUCUGAAAAGUUCUCGAGAGGUCUGCUCCCGCUAUGCUAUGCGUGAACGACACCGUAAAAAGGUGGAGCUCCGGAGCAGUAACCUUGUUAUCCUCCACAUUUCAUCCUACGAGACAUCUGAGGGCCAGUUAACCGAGUUGGCGUGUUCGAUCAGGAAGCGCAUGCCGGCAGAUCUCGGCGAAGCCUUUAAUGUGGAAACGGCCAAAGCAGCUGCCUAA